GCGCUUUGCGCGAGAGAGGUUCUGUCUGCGGGUGAGUUGUUGUGGCCUCGAUCCUAACCGAAAUCUGCUUUCACUCGCCGUCCGUUGCUUUCAUACAUCUAGUUACGGUAGUUAGCAAGCUCAAAGCAGGAGACAACGGACAUGAUUCUUUCUAAACGGAUAGACUAUGAACAUUUUGAGACUCAGUCUCAAUAUUCGACAGACCAAGGAAGUGAAGGAGGAGAGACCGGUGGCUACAUCAGGGUGAAUCUGCAGUAUUGCAUGAGGUGGGGAAGCUCCAUGCGUCCAUCCAGACUGAGUCGCUCAGCCUCCAACAAGGCCUCGGAAGCCUGGGGCUCCAGUGAUCCUGCUGCCCAGCCGGGGAUGAGGAGGAGGAGGAGUAGGCGGCGAGGGCAGGGUGAAGGGGCAGGGCCGGGCUGGAAAUCUGCUGACUCAAGCAUCGUGAUCUCAGACGAGGCCACGGAUCAUGACCUGGUUAACCAUCACCAUGGAAACCACAGUGUCUCAGAAUGUGGGUCAUCACCGCUAGAGCUGUCAGUCAGCCAGGGAAAGGCUGUGAUUGGUGGAAUGGUGACGGGGCAGACGGAAAGAGGCGUAGAGUCAGACGCUGAAUCCUGCUGCUCAUUGGACAGCAUUGUCUCUGGCCCCUCCUUCGUGGUUCAGGCCACUCCACUGAGUCUUCCCCCUGGUCUGUGUUCGACCUGUCAGAGACUUCACAGAGAAGCCAAGAGGAGAAGACACCCUCCGCUGGACAAACUAACAGACAAUGAUCCCACUUCCUUGUCAUGUGACCAAUGGGUUCUCAUGAAGAAGUGGACACCCAGAAGACCACAGAACGUUAAAGGGAGGCUGUGGAUCCAUCUGGGCCGGAUUAGACACAGAGAGCAGACCAGGGGAGAACAGCCAGCCUGCUCCAGACCACACAUUUUCCUACAGAGGAACCUGAGGAGAUAUGAGAGCCAGGCUGUGAGCAGAGGGAGGAAGAGGAAGAAGAGGUCCAGAGGAAGUCGUCAGAGGGCGGGAACAUGCAACAGUCUCAACCGCAGUGGUCUCCAUAGCAGCGCUCUCCAUAGCGAUCCCGAUGGAAAGGCGCAGGAGAGCAGUGAUGACAGUGGUCUGGAGCGUACACGCAGGGUCCUCACCUUCCAGGUGUUCCCCUCCUCCGUUACCAUGGAAACCCUAACCCAGCAGGAGGCCACGCCCCCACAGGAAGAGGAGCCCAGGAAGAAGAGCGGCGGCUUCAGAUCCCAGCUGGCUCAGCUCCACGCCAACCGCAGCCGCGUCGUCAGGGAAACACACACAUGACUGAUGACAUCACUGUCAGAUUCCAAAUAUGUUCUUUAUUGCCAUCUUCGGUUGUUUGUCAAUUCUCUACCUGCCUCUGCUCAGUUUGUUCUCCUUCAAGCAUGGCGGGAGGGAGUUACCAUCAAAUCUCUUCCAUUAGAGGGGACGUGCAUGGAGUUACUAUCACACAGUGUCUCUUACACUAGUUGAAUCUAGUUUUGAAUGUAAAUAAUAAUCAGCCUCAUUGUCAUGUUUCUGUUGAAGUUAUCUGUAUCAGAUCUUCCCUGUUUGUUUCACACUGAACAAUACAAUGUUAUUUUACUGGA